CAACAUCGGGAAAUCUGGCACACUGGAAGACAGCAGCUGCCCCUCAGGGCAGCUGCAAAGUGUGAAGCAUGGAGGAAAGUAAGAAUGAGAAGGUGAACCAGGCUCACGUUCUCUUUGACAGAUUUGUCCAGGCUUCAACCUGCAAGGGGACUCUUAAGGCUUUCCAAGAGCUCUGCGACUACCUAGAACUAAAGCCCAAGGACUAUCGUUCUUUCUACCACAAACUCAAGUCCAAGCUCAAUUACUGGAAAGCCAAAGCCUUGUGGGCAAAGUUGGAUAAAAGAGGCAGCCAUAAGGACUAUAAGAAGGGGAAAGCAUGCGCCAACACGAAGUGUCUGAUAAUUGGGGCUGGACCCUGUGGCCUUCGUACAGCCAUUGACCUGUCGUUCCUGGGAGCCAAGGUGGUGGUCAUAGAAAAGAGGGAUGCCUUUUCCCGCAAUAACGUGCUGCAUUUGUGGCCAUUCACAAUACAUGACUUGAGGGGUCUUGGCGCCAAAAAGUUUUAUGGCAAGUUCUGUGCAGGAUCCAUAGACCAUAUCAGUAUCCGUCAGCUCCAGCUUAUUCUUUUGAAGGUUGCCUUGAUCUUGGGAAUAGAGAUCCAUGUCAAUGUGGAAUUUCAGGGGCUUGUUUACCCUCCGGAGGAUCAGGAGAAUGAAAGAAUAGGUUGGCGUGCAUUGGUCCACCCAAAAACCCAUCCAGUGUCUGAGUAUGAGUUUGAAGUAAUCAUUGGAGGGGAUGGCAGGAGGAACACAUUAGAAGGAUUUCGUCGAAAAGAGUUCCGUGGUAAACUGGCAAUUGCUAUCACAGCUAACUUCAUCAAUCGUAACACCACAGCUGAAGCCAAAGUAGAAGAGAUCAGCGGUGUGGCCUUCAUCUUCAACCAGAAGUUCUUCCAGGAUUUGCGGGAAGCCACAGGUAUUGACUUGGAGAACAUUGUCUAUUACAAAGAUGAUACGCACUACUUUGUCAUGACUGCCAAAAAACAGAGCUUGUUGGAAAAAGGAGUGAUACGGCAUGAUUAUGCUGACACAGAGCUGCUACUCUCACGGGAGAAUGUGGACCAGGAGGCUCUGCUAAAUUAUGCCAGAGAAGCAGCUGACUUCUCCACUAAUCAGCAGCUGCCAUCACUGGACUUUGCCAUCAAUCACUAUGGUCAGCCAGAUGUGGCCAUGUUUGACUUCACGUGCAUGUAUGCAUCAGAGAACGCAGCCCUGGUGCGAGAGCAGAAUGGCCACCAGUUACUUGUGGCACUGGUUGGGGACAGUCUCUUAGAGCCAUUUUGGCCAAUGGGAACCGGAAUAGCCAGGGGAUUUUUGGCUGCAAUGGACUCUGCUUGGAUGGUACGAAGUUGGUCUCUUGGUGCUAGUCCUUUGGAAGUUCUCGCAGAGAGGGAAAGCAUUUAUAGGCUACUGCCUCAGACCACGCCUGAGAAUGUGAGUAAAAACUUCAGCCAUUACAGCAUUGAUCCUGCCACCCGGUACCCCAAUAUCAACGUCAACUUCUUGCGGCCACAGCAGGUACGCCAUUUGUAUAAUACAGGAGACUUGAAAGACAUUCACCUGGAAAUAGAGAACUUUGUGAACUCCAGGACACCAAAGCUGACUCGGAAUGAGUCUGUAGCUCGCUCUAGUAAAUUGCUCAGUUGGUGCCAGAGGCAGACCGAUGGAUAUGCUGGUGUUAAUGUGACAGAUCUUACAAUGUCAUGGAAAAGUGGCCUAGCUUUGUGUGCCAUUAUCCACAGAUACCGUCCAGACUUAAUAGACUUUGAUUCUCUGGAUGAGCACAAUGUGGAGAAGAAUAACCAGCUGGCCUUUGACAUUGCUGAAAAAGAGUUUGGAAUAUGUCCCAUUAUGACUGGAAAGGAAAUGGCAUCUGUUGGAGAGCCAGAUAAACUCUCGAUGGUGAUGUACCUCACACAGUUCUAUGAGAUGUUCAAAGACACCAUCCCCUCCAGUGAUAGUCUGGACCUGAAUGCAGAAGAAAAAGCUGCCCUAAUUGCCAGUACCAAAUCACCUAUCUCUUUUCUCAGUAAACUGGGACAAAGCAUCUCUCGAAAACGCACUCCAAAGGACAAAAAAGAAAAAGAACUGGAUGGUGCAGGAAAGAGGAGAAAAACCAGCCAAUCUGAGGAUGAGGACAUACCACGAAGCUACAGAGAAGAAAGGCCCACACUGGUGAGCGCCCUGACGGAGAGGAGAAUUGACGCUGCCAUUGGGAAUCAGAACAAAGUCAAGUCUAUGGCAACCCAGCUACUGGCCAAGUUUGAGGAGAAUGCAUCAGUGCAGUCCUCAAGUUUACGAAGACAGCAACCUGUCCUGCCUUACCAAGAACGUGUUCACAACCAGCCAUCCAGCAGACGAGAGCAGGGCCGUCUUGCUCCCAUACCCCAGUGGAAACAGAUGAGGCGUAAAGAAUGUUCUCGGACCUGCCCCAAAAAAGUCAUCAUGCUCUCUUCUUCCACUCCACCUUCCUCUCCACCGUAUCCCAGGCAGCAGAGAAACAGGGAACCUGGUGCUGACUAUCCUGGGGAGCAGAGUCCCAGACAGGAAAGGAGAUCUCCUCGUUUAUUUUCUGAUGACCAAGUGCCUGAGAAUGUUGAGCAAAGGGCCCUUCUGGAGUCCAGACCUGCAGUGAGGCAUCAGCCUGAGACUGAGCCGUCUCGCCGAUUCUUUGUUGACCAGUGGGAGCUCUCCCUUAGCCUCCGUUCUUCUAAUCGCCCUUCUUCACCUUCAUCUGACUCUCUUCGACAGAAGUAUAUAAAGAUGUACACAGGCGGAGUGAGCUCUUUGGCUGAGCAGAUAGCCAAUCAGCUUCAAAGGAAAGAGCAGCCCAAAACCCUUCUAGACAAGAAGGAACUGGGUUCACUCAAGAAGGAGUUCCCCCAAAACCUGGGAGGCAGUGACGUCUGUUACUUCUGCCGCAAGCGAGUCUAUGUGAUGGAAAGGCUGAGUGCUGAAGGCAAGUUCUUCCACCGCAGUUGCUUCAAGUGUGAAUACUGUGCGACAACUCUGCGCUUGUCGUCUUAUGCCUAUGAUAUUGAAGAUGGUAAGUUCUACUGUAAGCCUCACUACUGUUACCGACUCUCUGGUUAUGCUCAACGGAAGAGGCCAGCAGUGGGUCCUCUGUCAGGAAAGGACACCAAAGGACCUCUGCAGGACGCCAUGGCAAGUGAUGGAAGUGGACGGGCAAACACCAUCUCCGCCACAGCAGAGAGGGCCCCAGGUUCUAAUGUAAAUGGGCUGGAAGAGCCCAGCCUAGCUAAGCGGCUGCGUGGCACACCUGAGCGGAUUGAGCUGGAGAACUACCGACUGUCACUGCAGAGGGAAGAGGAACUGGAAGAGGUUCCUGAAGAGACACUAGCAGAGCAUAACCUCAGUAGUGUGUUGGACAAAGGAGCAGAAGAGGAUGUUCCCAGCAGUAGUUCAGAAUCUGAGAUGGAGGAGGAAGAUGAGGAGGAAGAUGAUGAACUACUGCUGCCUCAGCAACCCCCUUCAGACUUGGGUGGUGUGCCAUGGAAAGAGGCUGUGCGUAUCCAUGCCCUCCUGAAGGGAAAGAGUGAAGAAGAGAUUGAGGCUGAAGAAAAUCAUGAGAUUGAGGACAAAGAAGAGGAGGAGGAAGAUGAAGAGGAGGAAGAUGAGGAGUCAAGCGAAGAGGGGGAGUAUUGCCCUUGGGAGAGCGAGCUGCAGCAAGGCCUCUGGCUUCAACGUCUUUCAAAUGAAGAGGACACGGGUACAUUUAAAGCUGGAAACCUUAGACUGGAGCAGAUUGUAAAUCCGGUUGAUCCUCUGGAGAUCCUGGCAGAUGUGCACUGGACACACAUCCGUGAAAAACAGGAGGAGGAAAAAAUGGUCCCAACCUCAAAGUCCUCCACCUCCAGAGCAUCCGACCUUCCCUCCGUACGCCAUGAGGUGGUACAGGCGUGGCUGGAGACGGUCCCUGGAGCUCCGUGUGAGGAUGAUGUGGAGGAUGAGCUGGGCACAGAGCCUGCAGACACAGAAGGGCAGGCAGGUGAAGAGGGAGACACGGGUGCAGAGCUGGAUGACGAUGACAUCCCAUCUGAUGCAGAAGCAGAGUUUCGCUUACAUCAAGGUGGCACAGAAGAGCCAGAACUAAAAGUCUCUGAAGAUGAAGAAGAUGAAGAAGAAGCAGAAGGUGCUUCUUACAGUGUGACAAAAGAUCCAUGCAAGCCAUCCAUCCCUAUCCAGUCACCUAGUGACACUGUUCUUCCUCUGUCUCCAGUUGAAAGUCCCAAAACAAAACAAGCAGAGGAUGUAAAAGAUCCCCUGGCUGAAGUAUCCCGUGCAAUAAAACCUCCAGAGGCACGCUUCUUUCCUGAGCCUUUCCUUCUUGAAGGACCAAAGGAUGAAAUUCCCAAAGACAGGAAAGUUAGGAGCCCUCUGGUGCCACCAUCGCCAGUGUUAUCCCAGCCAGUUGCAUCACCAGAAGCCAUUGCAUCUACAUCAUUGGCAGAGUCUCAGCCAGCCUCACCAACACUGGCUUCAUCUGCAACAUCUGCUCAAAUGCCUAUCUGUUCCCAGCCUUUGCCUUCUGCUGAAACAUCCAUUCCAUCCCCAGUGGAACCUCCAGUAUGCUUCCAGCCUGUCCCAGCCUUAACGUCUACUCCUUUAGCCAAACUAGUCUUCAGGGGCCAGGAUAGUGAGGCGGAAAAACUGGGGAGCCCUACUACUGCAGAAGAAGCCCUGAAACGGAGUAACCUUGUAGAAGAGUUCUGGAUGAAGAGUGCUGAAAUCCGGAGGAGCUUAGGGCUCACCCCAGUAGACAGAAACAAACGCUCAGAGACGAACUUUAAUGUGUCUGCCCUUGAGACAACUCCUCUGAAGACUUUUAAUACUGAGAAGAUUUCAGGGGAUGAAAGGAUCCAUCUUGUAAAACCCCAGCCCGCCCCGAGAAGACAGGGAUUGUCCAAGCUAGAAAAUGAGCAGAUUUCUCUUCUGACUCCAAAAUCUCCAUCAGAAAAAGAGCUAAGGAGUUCCAGUGAAGUAAGAGAUGUAUCCAGCAGUUCUGGACUUGGCCUUCAGGAGAGCUCAUCUAACAUGAGAACUAUGGCUAGCCAGAGCUUCAACACUUCUGACUCUACUAUGCUUACUCCACCAUCAAGUCCACCACCACCGCCUCCUCAGGGUGAAGAACCAGCCACUUUGCGUAGAAAGAGGCAUCAAGCAGUCUGGCAGAACGAAGUUGAAGCCAGGUCACCUCCAACACCAGCAUCAACACCUCCUGUUCCCCCACGCCACGAGCCGACCUCUGCUGCCAAAGAGCCAACCCAGGCCAAAAAAGACGACGUGCGAAAGUCUUUUGCAGAGAGUGUGGAUGAGAUUCCAUUUGCUGAUGAUGUAGAAGACACAUACGAUGACAGGACGGAAGACUCGAGCCUUCAUGAGAAGUUCUUUACACCUCCUACCAGUAGGCCAAGGCCAGAGAAACCACGCCUUUUGCCUUUGGUCAAAGAAAAUGGUGGCCCACCCUUAAUGGAAGGAGGGGUUAGCCAGAAGAAGCGAGUGUUGCCUGAGAUUUCUGUGGAGGCCAAGGAGCUUGCUGAAGAAAGAAUGAGAGCUAGGGAGAAGUCUGUCAAAAGCCAAGUGCUGCGGGAUGCUAUGGCUAAACAGCUGUGUAAGAUGAAAGAUAUGGAGAUGGCUGCAGCUGCUGCUGCUGUGACAACAAGGGCAAGAAAGGCAUCUUCUAUGCCCUUGAAGACCAAAGAGUUGUUUUAUGACUCUCCAAAGCAUCUGGCUUUGAAAAUAGCAGAGGGAUCAACACGAAAGCAUGAUGGUGCUAGUGAGAAGUUCUUCACUCCUGCUGCUGAUAUGGCUGGACCUGAAGGGUCUGUCACCUCUUCAGAGGGCUCCAGUGGGAAGAGUAAAAAAAGAACUUCUCUUUUCUCCCCUCGUAAGAACAAAAAGGAGAAGAAAUCCAAAAAUGACAGCCGGCUUUCUGACAAAUCUAGCGGUGGGACGGAGGAAGCAGCAAAGCCUAGGUCGUUGUGGAAGUCUGUUUUCUCUGGGUAUAAGAAAGACAAGAAGAAAAAGACUGAUGACAAGUCCUGCCCAAGUACUCCCUCAAGUAGUGCCACUGUGGAUUCUGGCAAGCACAAAGCUUCUCCACUGAUUAUAGCUGCAGAUUUGCAGCUCCGUCAACACCUGAGUUUCUCGGAGGACUCUGACCUCUCCAGUGACGAUAUUCUGGAACGCUCCUCCCAGAAAUCCAAGCGAGAGUCGAUCUAUGUACCACACGCCUUGGCAUUCAAGAGAUCAUAUUCGUCAAAGAGAGCCUACACAGAAGAGGAACUGAAUGCCAAGCUGACACGGCGAGUACAGAAAGCUGCCCGUAGACAAGCCAAGCAAGAGGAGCUAAAGAGGUUACACAGAGCUCAGAUUAUCCAGCGGCAGCUUGAACAAGUGGAAGAGAAGCAGAGGCAACUCGAGGAGAGAGGGGUUGCUGUGGAGAAGGCCCUUCGGGGAGAAGCAGUUGAGCCCAAUGCCGGGACACCACGUCGUAGACCUCUCUCCUUCUGCCCUUGCUGUGCCCAUGAAGGCAUGGGUAAGAAGGAUGAUCCCAAGCUGAUGCAGGAGUGGUUCAAGCUGGUGCAGGAGAAGAAUGCCUUGGUUCGCUACGAGUCUGAAUUGAUGAUAUUUGCUCGGGAGCUAGAACUGGAAGACAGGCAGAGCCGAUUACAGCAGGAACUCCGGGAGAGGAUGGCAGUAGAAGAUCAUCUGAAGACAGAGGCAGAGCUCUCAGAGGAGAAGAGGAUCCUGAAUGAGAUGCUAGAAGUAGUGGAGCAGAGAGAUUCUCUUGUGGCUCUCCUUGAGGAGCAACGGCUUCGAGAAAAAGAGGAAGACAAGGACCUGGAGGCAGUCAUGCUUUCCAAAGGUUUUAGCUUGAACUGGUCCUGAGCUUGACAUGUUUACCGCUGCUGGUGUGUGUUGUCCGGUUGGCCUACCCUGAGUUCGCCAGAAUUACAUGGAUAGGAAGAUGUUGAAGGGGAAACCUCUGAAGGGUCUGACAGCAUGGAAGGAUUUGGUUUGAAGCACUCAGAAGCCUUUUGAUAAUUGUGUUGGUUCCAGAAGCUUAAGUUUUACUUGUCUGCAAGCCAAGUUGAAGAUAAUGAGUUGAGACUGUGGAGUCUCCUUGAGGUCCUAUACGAUGGACUCUAUUUUUGUGUGUGGUAGGACGGAGAGGAAUAAUCCAUCUGUGGGGAAGGAGGUUAAGGGAAGAAGUACCCUUAACUGGAUUUAUGGCAGUGCAUUCCUUUCCUGGUUUUACUAUACCAGUUCUAAUAAGAGGGAGGGAAGUGGCAACCCUCUCUGGAAAACCACAGCAGCCUGUAGCAGCCUGUAAAAUGGAGUCACCUGUCCAAGAGAGCUCCAGAAGCCCAGGGCAACACUUUCUUUGCUUUAGUCUUCCUCCCCACCAAAGAAACCUGCAGUUGAUCAUUAUGAAGAAAUAUGAGAUAGAAAAGAUGCUACUAGUAUGCAUGAUGGAACUCUCUGCCUCCUGGUUUUUAGAGAGAUGUGGGCAUCAGAGGACUCUCUCCCUAUCGUAGCCUCCUAAAUCUUGUAGGGAAAUAAGGGGAGAAGAAGAGAGAGGGAAGAUGCCCUUCUGCUUCGCUACACACUGGAGAGACAGCUACUGCUGGCCUUAGUCUUCAUGGCCACAGUACAGAGGCUGGUGGGCUUCUUCUGUUUUUGUUACGACUGUUUUGACACUGGAAUAUACAGACUGUGUGGGACAGUGGUGUGUGCUGGGGCAGGGGUGUUACCAGGCAGCAUUCCCUGGCUGUUAGGCCCCUAAGAGGAGAAGCCCUUAAGUGACCGAACCACCAUUAAGACUUUUCAGUGUUUUUAUUCUUUUUUCCUCUGUAUUUUGUUUUUGCACAUUGGAAACGAAACUUAAGACCUGCCUGGGCCCUCAGUCACUUUGACCCUUUAUUUUCAAUUAACUUAUUUUUUUAAUACUUGAAAGAAGAUUCAUUUUUGUAUCUUUUAGGGAAAAAAAAAGGAUGAGUGAUGGGUGUGUGUGCCUGCUGCAUCCUACAACUUCCACUUCUAAAUUACUGGAUGUUGUUACUGUGGCUAUUUAUUAGUGUUCUUAUUAAUAAUUUGUUACACAUAUUUGAUUGUGGAGAGGAGUGUUUUAACUCUGUUAGAGAAAGACACUACUGCGGAUUGGUCCCUGCUUCACAGCAAGGACAGCCUUUAUGUAUCCACAGAUGCAUCCUGCCCUAGGAUGCAAAAUCCGGUGCAGUCAUGGAGUGGUAAGAAUCCUUUUGUGUUCCCAGCAUACUUCUCUUCUGCAUCCCAGAAUUCCCUCUGUUGGACUAACAAACCCAUAAUUUAUUUAAAUUUUACAUUUUUGCAACAAGAAAGCCAAAACUGAGUUAGAAGUACCCCAUAUGUCUCUUUCUCACUGAAAGAGGGGACCCUCAGACUCCUGAGAUACAGCUAGAGGGACAUAAUGAAAACAAAAAUAGCACAUUUCCUGGUGCAUCUGCUGGAAGAAGCUGUUGGCUCAGCUAGAAAAGUUGCUGCUUUUCAGCCAGGAGGGUACUGACUGUAACCAUACAUUAAGCAAUGAGCAGGAUAUGCACUGAGCAGUUCAGCACCAUUCACUGUUUGACAGACUCCUUGAGCACACUACGCCCUUAGCUUGUCCCACAGAGCUGGAAUAGUGCUGUGCGCUGGGUAUGCAUCCCACCCUUAAUGGGAUGCAGCAAGAGGUUUUCCCCUCCUGAGAUGCUGACUGUGUUCUUGGUAAAGGAGUACUAAGCUUGCUCCUCAGUGUCAUUGAGAAACCGUCCCAUUCCCAAGUGUAUCCAUACAGUGUGCUGCCUCUUUCAGUUUGAACUUAGGUUGUUGGUGCAAGGUACCCAAGCAGGGCUGAACAUCCUUUAUUCUUUUGCCCCAGGACAGAAGUUUGCAUGGUUUCUUGUUGGCUCUGCCUUCUUCAAAGAGGUCUUCCGUAAGCCAGACUCUGCAAUUUGAAUUCACCUCUGACUCAGGAGCAUACCUCAGGCUGAAGGAUAUGUAGGACUGUCCCCAGGGACUCUGGGUGGUGCUGGUUCCCUCAGCUGGAAGCAUGUUUUUUCCACCUCAAGUGUCCUCCUUUUUAUCCCCACCUAGUGUUUUCUGCAAAGGCAUUGCAAAUUAAAUCCAAAUGCUCAUGAAACCAAGCAGACAGGGAGCUGCAAUGCUACUGUGCCUGUUAGCAAGUGAUAACCUACAUCAGCAUCACAGAGUGCUGGCUUACCAACAAGAUGUCCUGCAAACAGAAUUCCCCCCAUUUGCCAGUGCAGGGGCCAGCUGCACAACUCAAACUGGCAGUGGUACUUUAGCCUGCAUUUGAGGGGGCAGUGGAAACUGGAGGCAAGGAGAGAUGGAAGAGGAAAGCUAGAUAAAGUUUAUUGUAAUUUGUCUUAGGCAGAGAAUUGGCCUCAGUCCUCUUCAUAAUGCACUAGGUAUAUGAUCUACAUCUAACUUUUAUCAAAAGAUCAUUGAAUGUGAGCUGUAGAACAGAAAGAAAUCCUGAAGAAGAAAUACCAGAUCAUUAUUUUUCCCCUUCUUGAUGGGGGAUGCUGGCCAAAGAAUGAUACCUCUUGAGGGUGUAAUGCCCUACUGCACAGGAAAACCUUUAUCUUUAGGUUAUGCUGAAGGCCUCCAGCAGUGAGAAUGAAAAUGAAGAGCUAACAUCGCACACACACACAUUAAUUAAAAAUACAUGGAAGGGAAUGUUAAAAGGCCUUUUUAUAUCAAAAUGGUUGUAAAAGGCACAACUUGUAUUUGCUGUUCAGUUGCACUUUAAGAAUAUGACUUGCAUAUCAGAUACUCGGUUUUUUUACUAUCUGAAUAUUUUUAAGUCAAAUUUUGUAUUUUUAAAGUUGAAGAAGGCUCUUGUGACCACAAGAUUCCUUAUUUAUAUAAGAAUCCAAGUAGGAUGUUCUAGCUCUUUGUGCUGCCCAGGUGUGCAGCAGCACAUGACUCAGCCAUGUGCAUUCAAUGAUGUGCACCCAUUUUGCGUAUGAGGGGAGCAUCAGAGGCCCUCAGUUUCCAAGAAGUGGGCACACGAGGGCAUCCAUCCCAGUGGUACAUGGGCUGGAGGAGAGUUGAGCUUGGAACCUAACCUGUGUUCAUUAUGACAAGGGCAUGCUGAGGAUGGGGCAGGCACUUCAGUCCCCUGCAGGGAAGGGAGGAGGGGGAUAUCAGUUCCUGCAGGGAAGGGGAGACAAAUGGGGAUGGGGAAGUGAAGACUGCCAAAACAACUGACCUGCUGCUUUCACAGUACCAUUUUUGUUUUAUAACCCUUCUGUUCCUUUUAACCAUAUUUUCAUUCAAAUUCACAAAUGGCUAUAAAAUUCUGAGCUUUAAAGAACUAAUGUGUGGAGAGGUGACAUUUCAGCUCCAAUUUCCAGACAUAUUCAUCCUUUCAGUUAAGCACCACCCCAUGAUCUUGCUAGGGCAUGUUACAAACUGCAUUGCUGAAACAUUUUAGAGCAACGCGCAAGUUUUAAAAGUCUGUCCUCCUCUCUAUCCAUCUCUGCAUUUUAUGUAAAUAUUUGUUUGUAUGUAAAGACACCAGUGGAUCCUUGGGUUACCCCCACGGUCGAGUUUUGUGCAAUGCCUAGGCCUCUGUUAGAACACAGUGCUUGCAUAUUGCUAGUCACCACACUUGUGUGCACUCUGAUGGUUUUUAAUACUUUUAUACAUCCUAAUCCUGAACAUUAUGGAGUAUUGUACGUGGUCUAGACUGCAUGUUCUAGAGCAGCCCCCAGUUCCCUUUUGUGAGAAAAUGUUCACAGCUACACCCUGUUUGGUUAACAUUCUUUUAAAAUGAGUUUCAAUCAAGUGUUUACACCAGACACCAGUGGAUGAGAAAGGUGUUGCAUUAGAAAACCUGUGUACAAACUGAGAAGCCGCAAUAGGGCUUUGUGGGAAUUUCAGUCAUCUCUGUCUGCAAUAAAGAGAACUCUAAAGCAUACUAAAAACCAGCCUGUAUAUAGUUCACAGAGAAAAGAGACCGCUGGCUCUCAACUGCUGCAAAAUAACAGAGAUUGGAAGUUUUCCAAAACAUCCUGGUUUUGGAUUGCUCAGAGCACUGCUAUAGGCAGGGUAGUGGGGCAGGUGAGGAUGUCACUGAGAGCAGAUGUGAAGGGGAGGAUGCCAUGUUCUGAUGGCAUCACAGUAAUUUAAAUACUCUGUAUCUGUGCGUGCAUGCAUGUGUGUGUGAAGUCUAAUCCAGGUGAAGGGAUCUGCUUUGGCAUCUUCCCUUUUGUAUGAAAAUGAACUCUGAUAUUCAGAUUGUUCAAGGCUUUUACGGUUGGCAUGUAUGGAGUGUUACCAGAAAAGCGUAUUACCCUACCUGUACAAAAAAACCCAACUCCGUUCCAGCCUGUUUUCUUCUGUUUGGUUGUGUUCUAUCGUUUGUUUUUAUGCACACUUGCUUCGUUGGUGUUGAGAUUUUAGCACCUCAGAUGGCCAACUGAACUAAAAAAAAAAAAAUAAAGUCAUUAAUUAUUUUUUCUUUUU